AUGGAGGAAAGUCUACUACAAAAGCACCAAGAAGAAAGUGUGAAAAAAAGAGUAACAUGGAGUGGUUUCAGUGAAGAAAUGAGAAGGAUCAGUGUUAUAGCAGGGCCUAUGGUGGUUGUGGUUUGUUCCCAGUAUUUGUUGCAAGUUGUGUCAAUCAUGAUAGUUGGUCAUUUGGGUGAACUCUAUCUCUCUAGCGCCGCCUUAGCAAUUUCCCUUGCAGGGGUCUCUGGUUUCAGUUUACUUAUGGGAAUGGCUAGUGGACUAGAGACUAUUUGUGGACAGGCUUUUGGAGCUCAGCAAUAUCAAAGGGUUGGAAUGCAAACAUACACUGCCAUUUUCUGUCUUAUAUUGGUUUGUAUUCCCGUGUCUGUUCUUUGGAUCAACAUGGAAAACAUACUAGUUUUCAUGGGCCAGGACCCUUUAAUUUCACAUGAAUCAGGGAAAUUCAUAAUUUGGCUUCUUCCAGCACUUUUUGCAUAUGCAAUUCUGCAGCCAUUAGUUCGAUAUUUCCAAAUCCAAAGUAUGCUUCUUCCCAUGCUUGCAAGUUCUUGUGCCGCACUCACUGUUCAUGUACCUCUUUGUUGGGUCCUGGUGUUCAAAACAAGACUGAAUAAUGUUGGUGGAGCAUUGGCAGUUAGCAUUUCAAUCUGGUCAAAUGUGAUAUUUCUUGGAUUAUACAUGAGAUACUCUUCUGCAUGUGCAAAAACCCGUGCACCUAUUUCUUUGGAGAUUUUUAAAGGAACGUGGGAGUUCUUUCGUUUUGCUAUCCCUUCCGCAGUAAUGAUUUGCCUUGAAUGGUGGUCAUAUGAGCUAAUGGUGUUGCUGUCAGGGCUGUUACCAAAUCCACAACUUGAAACUUCAAUUCUAUCUGUUUGUCUAAACACCAUUUCAACUCUUUAUGCAAUACCCUUUGGAAUUGGUGCUGCAGCAAGCACAAGGGUUUCAAAUGAACUAGGAGCUGGGAAAGCAAAUGCUGCCCGUGUUGCUGUGUUAGCUGCAAUGUCUCUUGCAGUCAUUGAGACAAGUAUAGUAAGCGCAACACUCUUUGCCUGUCGCCAUGUUUAUGGUUAUAUUUUCAGCAAUGAGAAGGAAGUUGUUGAUUAUGUCACCGUCAUGGCCCCUCUGGUAUGUAUAUCUGUUAUAAUAGACAGCAUACAAGGUGUUCUCACAGGGAUUGCUAGAGGCUGUGGAUGGCAACAUUUAGGAGUUUAUGUCAAUCUGGGGGCUUUCUACCUUUGUGGGAUUCCAGUGGCUGCCUUGUUGGCAUUUGUGGUGGGAGUGGGAGGAAAAGGACUUUGGAUUGGUAUACAAUGUGGUGCUUUUGUUCAAACUAUUCUACUUUCUGUAAUAACCGGUUCCAUAAAUUGGGAAAAGCAGGCCAUAAAGGCAAGAAAGAGGUUAUUCGAUGAUCAAUUUUCAGCAGAAAAUAUAUUGGUGUAG